AUGGCGGCUGCACCCGUCAGGCAGCGCUCCGGGCCGGGGGGACCCCGGGCGCAGCUCCCGCCCUGCUACUACGAAGGGUAUCUGGAGAAGCGAGGACCGAAAGAAAAGGUAUGUUAGCCCGGUGUGUAUCACUGCCAUGUUGUUUCAUGUGAAUGCUGUGGAUAGUGGUGGUCAGUUAGUGUGUGUAUGAUAGUGCUCCACACCGGCGGAUCCCCCAUUCUCACUGAACUGUCAACUUCCUUCUUGUGCGGAGAGGGCGAGGCGAUCCUUAAACCUGGUGCUGGGGAGGAUUUUUAUAUGGCGAAUAACAGAAAGGCUUUGCAGUAAAGGCUGAUUCUCCAAGAAUGUGACAGGGAGAGCAUGCAACAAACACGACGUGUGAAACCUGACUGCUGUCAAACCAAUGAACGUCAAUUCAUAUCAGAUCAAAUCACCUGAAGCAUUUGCGGCUUUAUCACAUAUAAUGAUGCAUUGCUCGCAUGUUGCACAUAGAAAAUCUUUUAAGCAUUUUCACCUUCCGGAAUUUGUUAGAAACUCAAAAACUGUGAUGUAGUUUUUUUCUUGAUAGCCUGAUCACUGCAGUGUAUCUCUCCAUAGGCUAUUUCUUAAUUACAAAGUUAUAUACAGUGAAUCCACCCAUGUCUCUUCAUAAUUCUAUUGCAUGAUGUUUCAUCAUACAAUACAUAUAAAUAUAAGGGGACAAAGAACAGGAUAUACCUUCCCCCCGGACCCACCCUCUCUCAUUAGGCUCAUUUUAAUGCUAUGGAGACAUGUAAUGUGAGCCUGGCUCAGGUGCAGGGUAUAGCCCUGAUCCAUGUCCACAGACUGACAGCAGCUGUGGCUCGAUCUCUGGGGACAGGAAAUGUGGGAGUGAUAAAACAGGAAAUAUCCAUUAAACACAUGUGGACAAACCCAUUUCUGCAUGUCUUCUUAUUCCUGUGUGUGUGAUAGGCAUCCAGACGACUGUGGACCUGUCUGUGUGGGAAUUCUCUGUAUUUCUUCAAUAAUGCAAAGGAUGCCCAUGUAAGUGUUAGACUUCAUAUAUAUUUAUAUAUACACACAAAAUAGAUGGCAUCAUGAGGAAAGAACAUUAUAUGGAAAUACUGAAGCAACAUCUCAAGACAUCAGCCAGGAAGUAAAAGUUUGGGUGCAAAUGGGUUUUCCAAAUGGACAGUGACCCUAAGCAUACUGCCAAACUGGUUACAAAAUGGCGUAAGGAUAACAAAGUCAAUGUUUUAAAGUGGCCAUCACAAAGCUCUGAUUUCAAUCCUAUUGAAAAUUUAUGGGCAGAACUAAAAAGUCGUGUGCGAGCAGGGCGGCCUACAAACUUGGCUCAGUUACACCAGUUCUGUCCAGAGAAAUGGGCAAUAAUUCCUGCAAACUAUAGUGAGAAGCUUGUGGAAGCAUAUCUAAAGCAUUUGACCCAAGUCGUACAAUUAAAAGGCAGCUACCAAAUUCUUAUGACAUGUAUGUAAACUUUUGACCCUUGAGAAAGUAAUGAAAAAUUUUCUAAAAAAUUCUCUCUCUUAUUAUUUUGGAAUUUAGCAUAUAAGAAUAAUUUUGGUAAACCUAAUUGAUCAAAAACUGGAAAAGUUUAAUCUGAUUUAAUGUUAGACGGUGAGGGAAAAAAGGUUAUGUGCCUUUUCAGAUAGUGUAUGUAAACUUCUGGUUUCAACUGUAUAUAUAAUAUUAUAUUUUUGGUAUUUUGUACUUUGUAUAAAGUUAUGUUGGGUGUGUUGCAGUAUGUGGAGAAGCUGGACCUUGGCGGAUUUGUGUCCCUCAAAGAUGACUGCAGCCGAGACAGGAACCUGGAGGCAGCCAGACUCAUCCUGCGCAUGAAGGAUGGAGAGACCAAACUUACAGUAAUGCUGGUCAACACAUGCACAUACAUUCUUCAAAAUCAACACCUUUCACAUCAUGUUUACUGGCUGUUUUGUUCAUCAGGCACCUAACUUGGAAUCAAGGGAGCUUUGGAAAGGGUUCCUCUACUCGGUAAUAGAUGUGGGUAUUCAUCUAUUGCACACAUUUAGUCCUGUUACAUGCUCCCUCUCUCUCUCUCUGUGUUUUCUCUGAUCAAUAUCCUUCCCUCUCUGUCCAAUCACAGCUGAAUGUCCCAUCCUGUCUCACUCUGCUGCCUGGUCAGCUGCAGAUGCUAAAGGAAGUAGUGGACAAAGAAAGAUCAAGGCGGAGAACUCGCACCCCAACACGUGCGCCACCCUCGCCCCUCUCUGUACCUUUAGUUGGAGAGAUUCCUCCGUGAGUCAUUCUCUCCUGUACCUGUGGGGCCUCCUAUGAGUGUGUGCAUGACUAUACCAUAACAUUAUGUGUUUGUGUGCACACAGGUGUUUUAGGCCAGUAUCUCGAACAGAAGCUGAAGUCCUCUUAGAGAGACACCCAGACUGUGGAAACAUGCUGCUCCGUCCAGGCAGAGAUGGAUGCUCGUUGGCUGUCACAACUCGGCAGGACCUGAAUGGGUAAACACCUGCUGAACAUCUGCACACCACAGCUACAAAAUGACUGUCAGACAUUACAUACUACAUACACCCUGUACCUCUCCUUUCUCUCCAGGUCAGUGUUCAGACAUUACCGUGUGACUCAGAGGGACCAAGGCGGUUAUGUGAUUGAUGUAGAAAAUCCUGUGAGUGUAUCAGCCUGGUGUUAUUGGACUAAUACAUUUUGAGACAUUGUGCUUCUACUUUUGGAGGAGAGGGCUUCGGUUGUGUGUCAUCAGUUUGUCGAUGGAGCCAAACUUUUCAACAAAGUUAUUGAACACAGCCAAUAUCUAAUCUGUUUAACAGUAUUGGUGCUAGUACAAAACUGGCUCAUUGAAAGGCUGCACCCUGUUUAGGUGAUUACUUACAAAGAUAUAAAAGCACUUAAAACAGAUUCGUCUGUACAGUUCCUAAUUUUCCAUCUAAUAUUAUUUGUCCUUCUAGGAUUUAGUGACUCAGCACCAACCCAGCAGACUCAGUAUUAUAAACAAUAACAGAUAAAGAAUGACAAAGCGGCAAAAACAAGCUGAAGUAAUGUGUUGAGAUUGCAGCAGUCAACAAGGCCCCUCACUUUCUGUUGUCAGCAUUCUUAUCAAACCUCCAGCUUUAGGCUUAUUAACACAGCAAGUGUUUUCCUCCAGAUUCCCUGCGCUACUCUUCAUGAUGUGAUCGAUGCUCUCGUAGAGAAGACGGCAGGAACUCUACAGCCGUUCUUACUGGAAGAGCCUUAUGAGGAGAAUAUCAGUGAGACCCACUAUGCAGUGCACGUGAUCUAAAUGUUUAAAUGUUAUUUUCCUUCUUUCUUAGGACACAACAAGACUUACCAAAUGAAAUUAUUUGUGUGUCUAUAGCAUACGUUUCUGCCAAUGAUGAGAAUGGAGAGAGGAUCCUUCACACAGCCCCCACCAGCCCACUGCCAAAAGCUCCUGCCCUGCCUCCAAAACAAGGUUUGUCUCUGUCACAUCAAGCUUCAUGCAUACAGACAGUUAUAAUAACCAAUGCUCUAUCUGUAUCUGCUGCUAUAGAUCGGUGGUGCAGCAGCCCCCUCACCAGGUCCCCUGCCCCUGACCGCCGCAUCCUGACCUCAUCAGUGCCAGCCUCGCCCACCAAUCCGAUGAGACGCCUCAUCCUUUCCCCUUCCCCUCUUGCACAGAGUGAGUAGCAAAGGCAUCUCGCAUACUCACUUUAACUGUCUACUUUCACACUUGUAUGUUGUUUUUAUUUAUUUUAAUUAUGUUUCUAGCUGUGUUUUUAUGCCCUGUAAAGUGUCCUUGGGAGCUCAGAAAGGCGCUUUUAAAUAAAAUGUAUUAUUAUUAUUAUUAUCUCAAAUAUAUUUUUUAAGUAGUGACUUACAAAUACCUUUUCAAGAUCUUAAUUAAUCAUACAAUUUUAUUAGUAAAUGUUAAUUAAAAGCUUUUUAAAUCAGGUUUAACAUUCCUUUACUUAUAAUGAUGACAAUGCCUUCCCAAACAAUGUCAACAUAGCACCAAAGGUGUCAUAAUUUACUGAAUGACACUUAAUGACAACCUUAUUCAUGCUAAUGACAGGUGUCAUGUUAUGGUUAUGACAGCAUAAUGUCAGUCUUAUGUAUACCUCUUUAAGUAAAGUGUUACCAGUAUUUGUCCCUGCAGACUGGCCAGCAGUCAGUUGCAACUUGUUCCACAGGCGUUUCUGACAUCAGUCUGAGUAGAUGCAGCGUUAGGCUCAGCUUGUACGUGGUAGCUCAAACCUGUGGUCCUUCUUUAGGUACUCAGUGACAUUUUAAUCUCAUUUGAUACAAAGUGCAAAGUUUUAUUUUCUGCAAUAAAGAGCAGAGAGGCACAGCUGUCACUUAACUACAUUGUGCUUUGUGGGAAAUAUAAAAGCAAUUUUUCAAAAAGUAACCUGUUUGUUCCAGGCCUUAAUUGCAUUUGGAUCAUCAUGCCAGCGGUGACGGCUCUAGCUUGAAGAUUUUGAGUGUUGAUCUUUAUAGGUGUUUCUUGCAUCUCUCCACAGCACUCAAUGAGGAACUCAAAAUGAAGCUGGAGAAGCGACGAGCCAGCCAGGAGUGA